UCUCUCGCCCUUGAGACUUGAGAGCCAAAGCUCCUCUGAUUUAAAAAAAUACUUAAUUUUUUUCUUUUUUUUUUUUUUAAAAAAACGAAAAAUAUACUGUGAAUCACGAGGACAAGACAUUUUGUUUUGUAUAUAGUUUAUAGAAAAUUUUCCAGAUCUGAAGAUUACUGUAAGCCUUCGAUUUUCUCGGCGACAACUUCGGAUCCGAUCCGAAACCCAAAAUAUACCGGAUCAAUCAAACCGGAAUUUGAACCCGUUUUCUUCUAUUCCGAUUAGGUUUCAGCUGAAAGCUGACAUUGCUUCGUUUUUGUUUGAUUCUGCAUUGAAUGCGGUUUCGAUUGCUUCAUAAGCUGCGUUGUGUUUGACCUCGGUUGAAUUCGCCGGGACGCGCGAUGGCUUCGGUGCUUAAAUUUUGUGGUUUUGAUUGCCAUUUCGCGUGUAAAAGAUUAGUUUGAUUAGGCAUUUUGUGGGCUUCGAUUGGUUUGUGUGAAAAAAAAAAGAAGAAGCAGGUUUUGAGAAUUUGCAAGAUGGAUCCUUUAUCUGCGAUCAGCGAGGAGCUAGCGGAGAUCGACGGACAGAUCGCCGAUAUCUUCCGAGCGUUAUCAAAUGGAUUUCAGAAGUUGGAGAAGAUUAAGGACUCGAAUAGGCAGAGUAGGCAGUUGGAAGAGCUCACGGAAAAGAUGCGGGAGUGUAAGAGGCUUGUUAAAGAGUUUGACAAAGAAGUCAAGGAUUUGGAGAGUAGAAAUAAUCCAGGCACUAACAAGAUGCUGAAUGAGAAAAAACAGUCAAUGAUCAAAGAGUUGAAUUCAUAUGUUGCUCUUAAAAAGCAAUAUGCAGCCAAUCUUGACAACAAGCGAAUUGAUCUCUUUGACGGUGGCACCGAAGGAUAUGGGGAAGAAAAUGGCAUGCUAGCAUCGUCCAUGACAAAUCAACAGCUAUUUGAUAGUGGAAACCGGAUGAUGGACGAUACUGAUCAAGCCAUUGAGAGGUCAAAAAAGGUUGUUCUUGACACUGUCAAUGUUGGAACAGAGACUGCAGCAUCACUAAAGGCUCAGACUGAACAAAUGAGUAGGAUUGUUAAUGAGCUGGACUCUAUCCAUUUUUCAAUCAAGAAAGCUUCUCAACUUGUGAAGGAACUUGGUAGGCAGGUUGCAACUGACAAGUGUAUUAUGGCAUUACUCUUCCUUAUUGUCAUUGGAGUCAUAGCCAUCAUUAUUGUUAAGCUUGUGAACCCAAACAACAAGGAUAUCCGGGAUAUCCCUGGAUUAGCCCCACCGGCAAUGAAUCGGAAAUUACUUUGGAAUGCUAGAUAAAAAGCUAUGAAGAGAGGAGAGAUUAUCUCACGAGGUUGAGGAAUGAUUUUGCCAUCUAGCUAUGGAUGUGUUUCUAAGUAAUUUUUCAGAAGAGGUUGGUUGACUUUUCCGAGUGCUAGUCUCAAACUGCUGUUGUGCCUCAUUAGCGUAAAUUUUGAUGUGGUCUGCAUAAUUAUUUCGUCUUCCCCGACUGAAAAAUAAUUCCUAUUUGAGGGAAACUCAAAAAUAUGUAGAGUGUAUUUGUUCAUACGAUGUAUUGCUACACAUGUAAGAUAUUUGAUCUGCAAUUCAUUAUUUGUUUCUGGUUUUUGGCAAAUU